UAGAUUAGACAUGGACGCUCCUGUUUUUGAUUUUGKUUGCUUCCUCCGUGUUAAUUACAAGGAAUAUCAAUCACAAGAUAGUUUCAUUGGGACUGCAAGGCAGACAGCUUUAUGAAUUAUUAUUAUCUUGGUUAAAAAAAACACACCACUACUGACUUCUAUUUGUUAGGGCUCGAUAUCAUCUCAAACUUUUCUCUGAUGUCCAUUACAGCCGUUCCAAUCGCCAAUUUGCAAAGUAGCCGUGGCUUUGAAUCAAAGCGAGACAGGAGUUGAGCCUGUAUUGAUAGCUGACUCGCACCUAAGACAAUCAUUUACAGAAUGGAGGACUGACCAUAAAUAUGGCGACAGCAGCAAUCAACCCAGAUUCGAUCCCUCAAGGUCAUACCUCGCCAUUUAAUGGCGCAUUUGAGUUGGUCAACACACAUCCAGAGCCUUUACAGACACAGAGAAUUCCUAUAUCUAUAAACAUGAGUCCUGGAUGCAGCGGUUCAAUUUGUCAGCAUAAUAAUGCUGUCGUAUUGCAGCCACCAAUUGAACAAGAGCCAAAGCCUGAAAAUCACAUCACUUUAGCCUGUUUAAGUACGUUGUUCUGCGCAUGCCCGUGUGGGUUGAUAUCUCUAUGUCACGCAAUGCAGGUUAACUCAGAUCAUCAGCAUGGCAACCGAGCGAGUGCUGACUACAACUCACGGCAAGCGUGGAAGUGGGGACUGGCGUCUGUAAUKUUGGGUUGCCUGUGUUGUCUUAUCGUAAUCAUGUAUUAUCUGGUGUAUAUGGCUGUGCAUGUUGGUGAGAUCACUUGACCUUGGGGUUCCUGUACYUUGCCAAUUGAAAUUGAAAUUCAGUGAUGUAGAAAAUACGAUUAAUGACCACGAGUAAUGGUCGAAUUACGAGCCGCAACUUGAGUAACAUGGGCACUGUCACGUGACGAACACGAGUUCGUAAUGUGAUAUUUCGUUUAGAGAUCGGAGGGCGAUCGGGAGACCCGAAGGCAAACUUCUGACAUGGAAAAAAAACAAAACAAAAUUAUACGCGCUGCAUUUUCUGACUCGUGAUCCGGCCUAGGGCCGGGCCACGAGUAAUAAUUUAAGUAACAAUGCGCUAAAGAACUAGGGAACUCUUUAUUGUUCUGCGGCAUAGCAAGUUUUUUCCCCAUGUACGAAUGUCUACUCGGUUGUCCAUUAGUUUGCAACAUCUUGGUUUUCUUAUUGGAAUUCAGCAACAUACUAAAAGACGAAAAACGACAAAAGGUUAUCUAUUGAUUUCAGGAAGGCAUGGAUAAAAGAUCCUUCUAAAAUGCUUGACGUUAAUUAGCAUUCUUAGUACACUUACAUUGUGUAUUCUUGCGCGYUGAUAGGCUGAUUAGAGUGUGUCAAAAAGUGGAAAAGCAAUUUAUGCGCUGACACAAUCAUAACUUCUCGCGCGUGAGCUCAGUUUAAAAAAUGCGAAAAACACUUAAAAAACUUUGAUCAUUAAAGUCAAAACUGUAGGACGAAAUCUGUGAUAGAUACUGAGAGAUAAAGUAUAUAAAAAAACACAAUUUACAUUUAUUACUUACCAACGCAAGUCAACCACGAGGAAAGUGAGCACGUGGAAAAUCUUCAAUGCUACGUCAUGAUUGAGACACKUGUGAUAACGAUGCUAACUGCGCAUAUUCAUGACACGUGAUCACUUACGAUCGGAUACUUUUGAGAUUCGAAAACGGCACAUCAAAGAACAACUGUGAGAAUCCUUGUAUAUAAUACCAACUUUGUUCGGUGUGUUGUGUCUUUGUAGCUCUUAUAAUUUUGAGAGAGUGAUAAUAGGGCAGACAUGGUGAAUUACAUGGGGAGACARCUUCAGUUAGUGAUU